AUGUCCAGCCCAAGAGCCUCAAAACGGCGACGAAUAUACCGUGCAUGUGACCAAUGCCGUCGCCGAAAAUCAAAAUGCGACGGAGAACAACCAGUAUGCUCCAUCUGCAUCUCGACAGGCCGGAAUUGCAGCUAUGAAACUGGCGGCGGUCGACGGGGUCUUGCACCGGGAUACGUGCGGGGUCUGGAAGUUAUUCUGGGCCUUGUUUCAAAACAUUGUCCUGAUAGUGAAAUUUUGAUUCAGGAGAUUAUCUCUGAUUCUCGUGGAAGUAACUUUUUAAGAAGCAAGGCGGCUAACAAUGCUCUUGGUUUGUGGAGGAAGUCGAAGUUAUCUAAGAGUCUUGGUCGGAUGCUUUCGCCUUCUGAUGAGGUUGGUGAUGAGUUGGAUUCAGGUUGGGAGCCGGGUGAGGAGGAGCAACUGGAUCAGCAGGUGCAGGAUCGUGAUGAGCGUAUGGAUGAUCCUAGCCCUCGGGCUAAUAAUAUAAUGGGGGUUUCGAGGCAGUUGCAAACGCCUGCGGUUCGGGUGAUUAAGGCUCCGAAUCCACUUGAUGCUUCAUUUCCAGAGGAUACUCCAGAUUUACUUGAUUUCUAUUUCACUUAUACUCAUUGUUGGCUACCAAUUGUUGAGCGCCGAGAACUACUUAGAGCCAUGCACCUUGGGCCCGAAGUAUCAACACCAGGAACUUCCUCAUCACGAUUAUUAUUAUGGUCUGUCAUUAUCUACUCAUCGACUAUGGGAGAUGUCACUGUCUCGGGUCUUCCAAGCCCGUCGGAAAUUCAACUUGGCGUUCAGCAACAGACUCUAGAUAGCUGGGAUAGCUUAGAUCUCGCCCAUAUCCAAGCAUCACUGAUACUUUCUUUGAUUCAUAUUGCUACUGGCAAUAUCAGUUUGGCAUGGAAUGUCGUCGGACAAGCUAUAAGGAUGCUUUGGACACUUCCUCCGUCUACGAAGAAGAAUCGAUUCACUCAUACAUUCAACGGGGCUGUCUUCUUAGAUAACAUUUUAUCUGUUACUCUUGGGAAGACACCUGGCUUAUCAAAUCAAGAACAAAUGAGUCAUGGCCCAGUCGAAGAAGACGAUGUAGAUGAAUGGGAUAUAUGGACCGCUAUACCUCGUGCCAACAUCAAUAAUAUACGCAAAACACCAAUGCCAUUACGAGCACUUAGCACCUUCAACGCUAUCCGACAGCUUAUGGACUCUUUCGUUCAAAAAGCACACCAUCAAGUCGAUACAUACCUCCUAACACAAUUAAUACAAUCGUCACAAUCUAUCUUGCAAAAACAUCCUUACCAAAGACAAAACGAAGCAUCUCCGCCUCUUCUCAUCUUACACCUCACUUCAGCAUUUAUAGCUCUCGCAUUACUUCGCAGGUUCGAGCAGGUCUCACUAGCACCUCCUAUAAUAGAUCUCUGUGUUCGAACUAUUCAUCAAAUCCUCGAGUUGCUGAAUCACUACGCCGAGAUAAUGGGUGACAUUCGUCCCUCUCCACUGGCCUCAUGCUUCGCACUCCAGUGUCAGCAAUGUCUCCCUUUAACAAGCGGUUCGAUAAAUAAUACCGAAAGAGAAAAUAUUGAGCGCCAAAUCAUUAGAUUCUCACAACCUUUUCAGCCCGUUAAUCCUCAAACGGUGCCGAGGGUGUUUCAAGUUACACCCUCAAUUCAAGUUGAAAAUGGAAUGAAUCAAAAUGUAUUUGACUCGGGGGCAGGUCUUCCUCAAUCUAUCAUCAAUGAGUCGAUUCUACCAGCUCAAUCUCAUACUUCGGCGAUGGAUAUCUCUGUCGUGCCGCCAGGUCAGGAUAGUGUUAUCCCUGGUGGAAUUGAGGGAUAUGAUGCGUUAUUCGAGGAGAUGGUGACGUCUUUUCCGUCUAGCAGGCAAGAACCUGUCUUUGCGCAUAAUCUGGGCUUUUAUGAUGGGGAUUUGGAUACCGAUUUCUUGGCUCAUCUUCAACAUCCUCCUGCGAGCUGA